CCCUGCAGGAAACAAGCCCCCUAAGAAGGGGACACACCUGUACCACCUGUAGAUACACCUGUAGAUACACCUGAACCAUAGAACCAUCCCUAUGCUACAGACACUCACCUGCACGUGUACACGUGUGUGUGUCUGUGUGUGUGUGUUAGAAUUCGAAAGUGAGAGGGCGCGCGCAUCUUAUCUCAUUUCAUUUCCUAUCGGGAGCGCGCGCAGAGUGAGUGCACGCGCGUUACACUCGACUGGCUCGAGACUUGGCGUCAGGAAUUCAGCGCGUGGCUGAACGGUUUAGCAGAGCUCGCGGGCAGGUACAGGUACAGAAACAGGUACAGGUGAGCAGAACCGCGUGCUUUUGGACCGGAACAGCUUUUUCUGUGCUGAACUGAGGAAGAAGAGGAGGAGGAAGAGGAGGCUGGAGUGAGGAAGGUGAAGGUAAAUCCAGAACCCGGAGAUGGACGACUCCAUAGACAACCUCACCAAAAAGGAGUUUGUAAGUGUUUGGGUUCGGGAUCCUCAGGUUCAUAAGGAGGACUUCUGGCACACAUACAUCGACUACGAGAUCUGUCUCCAUACGAACAGCAUGUGUUUCCGGAAGAAGACAUCGUGUGUGAGGAGGAGGUACAGUGAGUUUGUGUGGCUCCGGCAGAGACUGCAGGACAAUGCUCUGCUCAUACAGUUGCCCAAACUGCCCCCCGCCAACCCCUUCUUCAGCCUCAACAACCCGUACCAGGUGACCCAGCGGAUGCAGGGCCUGCAGAAGUUCCUGGAGAUAGUUCUGCAGAUGCCGCUGCUGCUGUCGGACAGUCGUCUGCAUCUGUUCCUGCAGUCGCAGCUGAACAUCGCGAAGAUGGAGGCGUGUGUUCAGGGCCAGACGCGAUACACCGUCGCUCAGGCCAUCCAGCGCUGUGUGUACGAGACUCGCUUCCCCGCCGAGGAGGAGAGCAAGAGCUACUGCGACUCCGACUGCGAGAGCACGGCCUCUUCAGGUCUGGGCAGUAGUGUGGGUCCGGCCACGCCUAUAGAAAUGUCAACUCAAAACGGUAGCCCCGCCCAGCAGUUUUUGGCCACGCCCACACAGCAGGACCAGCUCUCAUGAUGUGUUCGGAGUUCUGCACACAAUCCUAGUUUUACACACACUGGUGUAUAUUUACACACUCAUAUAUACGCUGGUAUAUUUGCACAGAAACCGUGUUGCUGCUCUAACAGUGUACUGUUCAGUGAUUAUAGAGGCUAUAGUAGAGGUUUAUUCAUGUUUUUAUGUUUGUAUUCUCAGGUUUAUUAGAGAUAAAAAAGAUUGUAGUCGCUGACUUUUUAAAAAGAUAAUUUAUGUUUUUGAACAAUUUUAUUGUGAUUUAAAUGUAUAGUGUAAAAAUAAUUAAAUAAAUACUGUUUUAGUUCUGUAA